GGGGCGGGCCCGCCCUGCGCACCCAGGGCCGCCGCGACCUCAGCGGGUCGGCGGACCCCGUGCCGGGGCCGAGCCUGCGGCGCCCAGAGCCGGGGCCAUGCGGCCGCCGCUGCUGUGGCUCCCGCUGCUGCUGCACCUCCGCGCCGCGGCCUCGGCAGACUCUCCCUCCCAGCUGCCUGCUCCUCAGAACCCGAAGAUUCGCCUGUACAACACGGAGCAGGUCCUGAGCUGGGAGCCGGGGCCGCUGAGCCACGAGGCGGGGCCGGUGGUGUACCAGGUGCAGUUCAAAUACCCCAGCAGCCGCAACUGGUCCGACGUCACGGUGAACAGCAUCGGGGUGAACUGUUCCAAGAUCUCGGCGACCAAGUGUGACUUCACCCGCACCGGCCUGUCCGGAGGCUUCCUGCGCUAUUUCAACGUCUCCCUGCGCGUCCGGGCCGAGCUGCCGGGGCGCGUCUCCGCCUGGGCCUCGGCGCCCUGGUUCCAGCACUACCGGAACGUGACCAUCGGGCCUCCAGGACACGUCUGGGUGACCCCAGGAGAAGGCUCCCUGGUCAUCAAGCUGUCCCCGCCCUUCACCAUCGGGGACCCCUCCAUGGUCACGUUUCGCUAUUACGUCCAUUACUGGGAAAAGGCCGGAAACCUACAGGAGAGGGGCCCCUUCAGGAACAGCGCCUUUGUGCUGGGGGGCCUGCAGCCCCUGAGCCAGUACUGCCUCCAGGUCCAGGCGCACCUGCUCUGGGAAUCCCAGGGCCUCGACAGACCCGGGCUCUCAAGCAACGUCUCCUGUCACGAGACAGCAGCGGACGCCGCCACCAGGCUGCAGCGAGCCGUCCUGAUCGCCGUGGCCGCCUUCCUGUUGCUGGCGGGGCUGGCGGGCAUCUGCGUCAUCCUGAUCCUGAAGUUCCGCAGCCACAUCAAGCACUGGUUCCACACCCCGCCCCGCAUCCCGGUGCAGAUAGAGGAGUAUCUGAAGGACCCGGUCCAGCACAUCCUGGAGGCCCUGGACCAGGACAGCCCGGCAGAGGACGAUGCCUGGGACUCGGUGUCCGAAGUCUCGUCUGCAGAGCAGGAGCCGGGGACGCUCUCCGCGGCAGAGGACGCGCUCCCGACACUUUGAGCCACGGCGCUGUCGGCCCGGCCUGCGGGAGCCCACGCGCCCCCUGCUCCUGUCAGGACUUCCCGAGCCCAGGACUCACGUCCCCGCUGCAGACGGGCCAUCGGGCCUGGGGUACAAGCGGGCCUUGCUGGGGAAGACCGUGUAUUUUUUCCUUUAAGAAUUUUCUAAUCAGACGAUUUUCUAGAAUGAUUACAGAGCUACCCCCCAAAACGGUUUCUCUUAAACACUAAGAAGGCCUGUCAUUCGUUGUUAGCAAGUGGCCCUGGCGCUCCGGCGAGGUCCCCCCUGGACUCCGCAGGUCCCGCCGCCCGAGCUGACCGCCCGGCCGGCCCAGCCGGGACGCUGAGCGCCUUCACAGCCAGUCUCCCGGCUUCAGACGGAAUUAAUCCUGUAAAUAGUUUCCUGGUAAUUUAAGGGUUUUUUUCAACCUAGAAAUAAAAGACUGUGUACUUAA